UAUCAAUCGUUUCCAAUCCUCCGAAUCAGCGAGUACUGGUUUUUAUCCAGCAGCGCAGAAAUAAUCAAGUGUCAAGUAUCAAAUAUGAAGGCCUUUGUCGUCGUUGCGUCCCUGUUGGCUGUGGCUUCUGCCUCGACCACCAUCCUUGCGGCUCCCCGUUGGUACGGAUACGCUCCGGCGGCCACGUACUACGCUGCCCCAGCGGAACUGUCCAGCCAGUACCACGCCCAGGAUAGCCUCGGACAAUACUCAUAUGGAUACAACGGAGGAUUGUCGGCCAAGGCCGAAACCAAGUCGUUCGACGGAGUGACCCGCGGAUCGUACAGCUACCUGGACGCCGAGAACAAGCUGCAGACUGUCUCGUACACCGCUGAUGCCCUCAACGGAUUCCGCGCCCAGGCCAGCAACCUGCCCCAGGCUCCAGUCGAGACUCGUGUGGCUCCCGCCCCAGUUCAGGACACCCCCGAAGUCGCCAAGGCCCGUGCUGACCAUCUGGUCGCUGUUGAGGAAGCUAAGGUGCGCAACGCCAACGCCGCUUCCAGCGAUGAGAGCGCUAUCAUUGUGAGUGCUGCCCCAGCUGCCGUUGCCCCAAUUGCGCCAAUUGUCCCCCAAAUCGCCACCUAUGCCGCCCCAAUUGCUCUGGCCCCAGCUUCCGGAUUUGCCUACUCGCACUCGACCGUUAACCUGAAGCCGGAAGUGUACGCCGCCGCCCCAGCUCCAGUCGCCACCAUUGCUGCCGCUCCGGCCUCUUUCGCUUACCAGACCUACUCCGCUGCUGCCCCUGCCCUCUACAACACCUGGAGCCAAGCCCCAGCUUACGCUUACAGCUACGGUGCUCCGGCUUUCUACGCCGCCAACACCGCUGCCGUUCCCCUGCCCGUUCAGGACACCCCUGAAGUCAUGCAGGCUAAGGCCGAACACUUCGCUGCUGUCGCUGAGGCCAAGGCCCGCAACCUGCAGUUACGGUACGGUAGUAUCACGUCCACGUGGCCUACAGAUUUACUGCAGGUUGCGGGCCUUGGCCUCAGCGACAGCAGCGAAGUGUUCGGCCUUAGCCUGCAUGACUUCAGGGGUGUCCUGAACGGGCAGGGGAACGGCAGCGGUGUUGGCGGCGUAGAAAGCCGGAGCACCGUAGCUGUAAGCGUAAGCUGGGGCUUGGCUCCAGGUGUUGUAGAGGGCAGGGGCAGCAGCGGAGUAGGUCUGGUAAGCGAAAGAGGCCGGAGCGGCAGCAAUGGUGGCGACUGGAGCUGGGGCGGCGGCGUACACUUCCGGCUUCAGGUUAACGGUCGAGUGCGAGUAGGCAAAUCCGGAAGCUGGGGCCAGAGCAAUUGGGGCGGCAUAGGUGGCGAUUUGGGGGACAAUUGGCGCAAUUGGGGCAACGGCAGCUGGGGCAGCACUCACAAUGAUAGCGCUCUCAUCGCUGGAAGCGGCGUUGGCGUUGCGCACCUUAGCUUCCUCAACAGCGACCAGAUGGUCAGCACGGGCCUUGGCGACUUCGGGGGUGUCCUGAACUGGGGCGGGAGCCACACGAGUCUCGACCGGAGCCUGGGGCAGGUUGCUGGCCUGGGCGCGGAAUCCGUUGAGGGCAUCAGCGGUGUACGAGACAGUCUGCAGCUUGUUCUCGGCGUCCAGGUAGCUGUACGAUCCGCGGGUCACUCCGUCGAACGACUUGUUAUCAUGAAGGUGUUCAUCGUGGUCUCAUCUCUGCUGGCCGUGGCCUUUGCCGCGCCUCAACUGCUGACUCAGCGCGUAUACGCGGCCGUUCCGGCUGUUACGACAUACGUAGCUGCGCCAGCGGAAGUGUCCAGCCAGUUCCACGCCCAGGAUGGAUUGGGACAGUACACCUACGGAUACAACGGAGGAUUGUCGGCCAAGACCGAAGCCAAGUCGUUGGACGGAGUGACCCGUGGAGCUUACCACUACCUGGACGCCGAGAACAAGCUGCAGACGGUGACCUACACUGCCGAUGCCGUCAACGGAUUCCGUGCCGAGGCCAGCAACAUGCCGGUGGCUCCAGUUGAGACCCGCGUCGCUCCGGAACCAGUUCAGGACACCCCCGAAGUCAUGCAGGCCAAGGCCGAGCACAUGUCUGCCGUUGAAGAUGCGAAGGUCCGCCUGGCCGCCGCCGAGAAGGAGGAGACGGCCGAAAUCGUUGAGAGUGCCGAGCCUGCUCCAAUUCCGGCCAUCCCAGCUAUUGCUCCGAUCACCACCUACUCCGCCGUUGCUGCCCCAAUCGCUCUGGCCCCAGCGUCCGGAUUUGCCUACCAGACUUCCUCGGUUGCCCUGAAGAACGAACCCCUGGCCUACACCACCUACACCGCCGCUCCGGUCCCAGCUGCCGCCGUCGAGAUCAAGACCCCCGCUUCCUUCUCCUACUCGACUUACUCCCAGUCGGCUCCGGCUACUGCCAUCCAGUACGCUGCUGCCCCAUUCGUCCAGGCCCUUCCAGCUGCCACCACCUACGCUCUGAACGUCCAGGCUCCCGCCUACACCUACAGCUAUGGCGCCCCGGCCUUCUACACCACCACCAACCAAUUGGCCACUCCAGUCACCUUCGCUGCUCGUGCCCUGCCGGCCCCAGUUCCAGCAGGUGCUGAGACCGCCGCCGAGGUCGUCGAAACUGCUGCCCUGCCCGAACCAGUUCAGGACACUCCCGAGGUCGCCCAGGCCAAGGCCGAGUUCCUGCAGACCUUCGAGCAGGUCAAGGCCCGCAACGCCCAGUAAACCGAAGUGUGUGCCAUCGUGAUACAGGACAAACCAGCAACGCAAUCUAGCUCAUACCGGAACAUUUUGUAAAAAUGUACAGGUUUUUUUUUCGUAAAAACCCGCCAUAGACGGUGUACACGUGUGUACUAAACUAGCCAAAACGUUCAAAGAUAAUAUCGCAGCGCAGAAAUGUACAAAGAAAAUAAAACCACAAAAAAAUGGAGAAGAAGUUAAUCAACAAAAAAAAUGUGAUCUUAUUUC